CGGCCAUUUUGUGCCAGUCGUCCGGUGGCUGCGGCUGCAGAGGAUCUCUCCGACUAGCUGCGAGGAUGCUGUCCGUGCGCGUCGCCGCGGCCGUGGCCCGUGCCCUCCCUCGACGGGCGGGACUGGUCUCCAAAAAUGCUUUGGGGUCAUCCUUCAUUGGUGCAAGAAAUCUCCAUGCCUCCAACACUCGACUUCAGAAGACUGGCACUGCUGAGAUGUCCUCCAUUCUUGAAGAACGGAUUCUUGGAGCUGAUACUUCUGUUGAUCUCGAAGAGACUGGGCGUGUCUUAAGCAUUGGUGAUGGUAUUGCCCGAGUACAUGGACUGAGGAAUGUUCAAGCAGAGGAAAUGGUAGAAUUUUCCUCAGGCUUAAAGGGUAUGUCCCUGAACUUGGAACCUGACAAUGUUGGAGUUGUCGUGUUUGGAAAUGAUAAGCUAAUUAAAGAAGGUGACAUUGUGAAGAGAACGGGAGCCAUUGUGGAUGUUCCAGUUGGUGAGGAGCUGUUGGGCCGCGUAGUUGAUGCCCUUGGUAAUGCCAUUGAUGGGAAGGGUCCAAUUGGUUCCAAGACCCGUAGACGAGUGGGCCUGAAAGCCCCUGGAAUCAUUCCCCGAAUCUCUGUGCGGGAACCAAUGCAGACUGGCAUUAAGGCUGUGGAUAGUCUGGUGCCAAUUGGUCGUGGUCAGCGUGAGCUGAUCAUUGGUGACAGACAGACUGGGAAAACAUCGAUUGCUAUCGACACAAUCAUCAACCAGAAACGUUUCAAUGAUGGGACUGAUGAAAAGAAGAAGCUGUACUGUAUCUACGUUGCUAUUGGUCAGAAACGGUCCACCGUUGCCCAGUUGGUGAAGAGACUGACAGAUGCAGAUGCCAUGAAGUACACCAUUGUGGUGUCAGCUACUGCUUCUGAUGCUGCCCCCCUUCAGUAUCUGGCUCCAUACUCUGGCUGCUCCAUGGGAGAGUAUUUUAGAGAUAAUGGCAAGCAUGCUUUGAUCAUCUACGACGAUUUAUCCAAACAGGCCGUUGCUUACCGCCAGAUGUCUCUGUUGCUGCGCCGACCCCCUGGCCGUGAAGCCUAUCCUGGUGAUGUGUUCUACCUACACUCUCGGCUGCUGGAGAGAGCAGCCAAGAUGAACGAUUCUUUUGGUGGUGGCUCUCUGACUGCCCUGCCAGUCAUAGAAACCCAGGCUGGUGAUGUGUCUGCUUACAUUCCAACGAAUGUUAUUUCCAUCACUGACGGACAGAUCUUCUUGGAAACAGAAUUGUUCUAUAAAGGCAUCCGCCCUGCCAUUAAUGUGGGUUUGUCUGUGUCCCGUGUCGGAUCUGCUGCCCAGACCAGGGCCAUGAAGCAGGUGGCAGGUACCAUGAAGCUGGAGUUGGCUCAGUAUCGGGAGGUUGCUGCUUUUGCCCAGUUUGGUUCUGAUCUUGAUGCUGCCACUCAGCAGCUCCUGAGUCGUGGUGUGCGUCUAACCGAGUUGUUAAAGCAAGGACAAUACUGUGAGUCCUUUUCAUUUGGUCAGGUUCCUGUUAGGUCUGAUGGGAAAAUCUCAGAGCAAUCAGACGCAAAGCUAAAAGAGAUUGUAACAAACUUCUUGGCUGGGUUUGAACCAUAAAGCCCCAUGAAUCCAUGUCCAACACUGCUUUGGUUUUGUCAUUUAUUCUGGUAAAAUCAGCUCCAUUUGUAAAGGACUGCUCUCGUACUCCUGAUGUACAGAAAUCACAUAAAUAAAAGUUCCGUAUUGUGUGCUAGUUUGUGUUGGGGUAGGUGCAGGGGUAUACUGUGCUUGUGUGUGGAGGUCAGCCUGUCUGGGUCAGUGCUCUCCUUUCACUCUGUAGGCCCUGGGACUGUAACUUGGGUCAUCAGGAAUGAGGCACCAUCUUGCCUAUCUUCAUGUUAAGUUCAAAAAUUUGUUUCUGUAAGGUAGCGCCUUAUUUGUGUUCCUAUCAGCCAUGGCUGGUCUCAGAACUCACUUGAGUAGCACAGGCUGCUCUUUGGCAGUCUACCUGGCAGAGCUGACAAAAUGCUUUCUUAGCCCAUUCCACUUAAAUAUUGGUAUAGUCAGCAUGGCUAGAUAAUUAAGGACUGAUCACUGUAAGAUUCUAAAGUUCUUUGUAACUGAUUAAAGAGAAAUCUGUUGGAGAUGUA